CAUAUGUCGAUUGGCAAACGUAUUGUCGCUGCUGCUGCUGCUGCUGCUCAUUCUUCUCAUCCGAUCUGCAUCAGAAGCACAGCGUUCGCGCAACGUAACAACCGAAAACAAAAUAACAACAAUAACGAACCGACAACAACAAACAAACAAACAAAGAUAUGUUUCUGUUCAAGACGAUUCUGCUGCUGAUCGUAGCAAUCGCUUGCGCUUCUGGACAGAUGGAGGAGUGUCAGGAGUGGACGUGUGCGGCCACGUCUUGCGUCCCCGUGGGUGAUUGCAACGGUCCCAACGAGGUCGUCAUCACCGGGGGCUUCUGCAACUGUUGCCAGUUGUGCGCGACCUUAGUCGGUGAGCAGCCGCCCAGCUAUGAUCUAAUCUCUGAUCACGUUGCAGGUAAACACGGCAAGUGCGGCGACAUCGCCGGAAAGUUCGUCACCUGCAGGAAUCCGUUCAAGUGCAUCGGCGGUAAAUGCAGGGGCAAAUAGAAUCUACAAGCAGAUAAUCUCUAAUCUGUUAAUUGCAAAUAAUAUUAAGAUAAUAAGCAAUGAAUAAAGAAUUUAGUUAAUCUUUAA